AUGGCUGGUUUCGGAGGGCAACAUCUCCACGAUCAACGGCUCAUGCCCGACACUACGGUCAACACACGCUACAGUGACCAGCGACACUCCACCCAAGGCCCCGCCCCACUGAGCACUAACCAAACCGAAGGACGUGGCGACGAACAGUCAGCUACCGAAGAAGUUGCUGAUGAAGACGACGAGGAAGACAGUAGCACUGCUCAGGACGACGAACAAGCGGAUGAUGAAGAUGACCGGGAGGUGUUGGCCCCGUCCCGCGGUCGUGGCAAGGGCGGCAAAGGACUAGGGAAACGACCUUCCAUCCGAGUCGAACCUGUUGAGGAUGGCGAGUCUCAAGAUGAAGACGAUGACACGGCAUCCAAUGGGACGGGACUCAUUCCCAGCAAGCACCCUGUGAAUCAGCUACUAAUGAACAACAAGAAACGUACCUUCAGCAACCUCUCUAGUACUUCUGUUUUAUUUGGAGAGGAUAUAACUGAACAGGACUCCUUCCCCAGACGCAAGAUGGCGCGGAAGCUCAGCAACGUGGCUAGCAAGCCCUUGCUGACAUACCAAGAGAGCGCAGGAGCUCACUUGAAGGGCUUUGAGAAUGCCAUUGAGAGCGACGAUGAAGACUACAGCGGAGUCAAUCUCAUUCCUGAUGACGAUGAGUCUGACAUAGAAAACAUGAUGGAGCAAGAGGAAAGUUUCAUCAUCAAUGAACAGGAGCAUCAAGCGACUACAUUGCUUAACGAGUUUCGUGAUGCUCGCCGCCUCAGUCUCGAUAGCUGUGCGAGUGAUGACAUCUUUAAUGUCACAGCCCCGCUGGAUGAAGCUUACAUCUCAGGUCUUCAAGACUACGGGUUUGCUCAAUUUUUCGAGCCAGAGGCUCUUCCAAGUUCUCCUGACCCAGCUGUAAAGAGGAAGUACUCUGACAGCUCGACCAAGCGUGUCCGCUUCGAUGACGAGGUUCAAGUAUCAGAUGAUUCCAGCUCUGAAUCUUCGGAGCUUGAUAGCAGCGUCUUCCCCGACCUUUUCUUGGAGCAGGACAAACUGCCUCCCAUCCUGCAUCAACUCCUCGAGAUUGACAAUGAUGACGAUAAUGGGGAUAUGGCCUCUCCUAUGUCUGACAUCUCAUUCUGGGACUUUGGUCAAGAAGAAUCAAGGAUCACUCAGGCUGAAGACUCCGAUGAUGAGUCGUCUGCCGGCUCUAGUGGCUACGAAACUGACAUGGGUGACACCACUGAUGAAGAUGAAGACUUGUCGGAUUCGCGACCAAGAACUCCCGUCCAGAAGAAGUCUGUCUUGCACCAGCCAUCGUCAGCUCCUGGUUCCAGAGCUGCUACUCCUAGGCCAUUUCAGCGAAGCUCUCGCCCUACAGGCCGUCAAAUCCCUCCUACUCGCGGCAUCUUUAUCCACGAGGAUAGUACCAAGGCGAUUGCGGUAACGAACAGAGCUACAAAGACUGUUACCUUCUAUCGCCCACGUACAAACAUGAUUCCUUGGCUCCCAAUGAAUGGCAGUCGCAGUAGCACUAGCAGCACAGCCAAUGACAGUCCUAGGGCAUCACUUGCGCAGUUGAACGCCUCGGAUAGUGAAGUCAGCAAUGAAGUCUUCAACAACGCCUUCAGUACAGACAUCAUGCUCACUGGCAUCUUUGGAUCUGCGUCUGGAAACGACUACUUCUUCGGCAACGAAAGUAUUGGUCCUCCUGAGGCCUUUUAUCCGUUUGUAAGCAUCGGAUCUAAUGGAAAUAUGGACAUCAUGGAUGAGGAGGACUACGACUCCGAGGACUUUGAAGACGACCUGAAAAUCACCGACUUUAUGGAUUUCGGUUCUGAAGGAGACGACACAGAUGUGGAGCAAGACGGCGAAGAGACCGAUGCGCCGACAACUCCGGCUACCACAAAAGCGACUCUUCAUGAUCCUUCUUCUGGUCAGCCACUGCCAAUGAACGAGACACCUGUAACUCGCAAGAGGACCACUUCAGAUGUCAUGGCCGAGCACCUUGAGCACUUUGACCGCGGAGUAGUUACCGCUUUCCGCAACAAUCAGAGUCUGUAUCGCGACAUUGCUUCCCUUCCGUCUGACCCGACAGCUCGAGCUUCAGCUUCUCGCCCAGUUCGAUCAGGCAAAUCUGCUGAGGCUCUGAUUACCCCUCUUCGCAAGCGGUCAAGGUCCAAUCGAAUGACGAAGUCCCCUUAUGCUCCCGCGACAUUCGCAAACCACAGCUCGCCACUCAAUGGAGUCACCAAAGCCAACACGCGACUACAGAACUCUGUCUUGAGUAAUCCGCGUGCCCCGCCACCAAGGAUGGGGACUUUUUCUUGA